AUGGGCAAUCGGAAGCGCAGCCACGACGGUGACGCUGAAUCCACUCGACCUGCCCAGCGUGCUGUUGAAGAACACAACGCUGAGCAAGAAGACGAGAAGAGUGUCGAUGCUUUAACUGCCACAGCCUGCUCACCGACCGAAUCUCAUCCCCCUCAUUUCCCUUCGACCGACGUUGAUGCAAGUAUUGUGGAUCCAGAAGACGGGUUCUUACGCUGCUGUGGUUGCGAUGCAGCCAUUGGAGAUGGAGAUGGAGUUGCAGACGACUGCCCCGCAUGCGAGGCUCCGAUCGUAUACUGCUACAGCUGCAACAACACCACCGACCCACUGUGGCAGGUCUGUCGCCUAUGUUCGGCUGAUCUGCAUGACGACUGCCUGGAAGAAGACGAGGAUCUGAUACUGUGCCCCACCUGCGAUGCCACACUCGAAGGACCCGACCAAGAUUGGUGUCCCUACUGCGACGAGAUUGUAGACGGAGACGAAGAAUAA